AUGUCUGAAAUUCUCAAUGAUCCUUAUUUCGAUAAACAUAAUUUAGUCUAUCCGAAAGGAGUUCCUAAUGCAUAUUCAUACGAGGGUAGUCUUGCAGUAUUUCAACUUAGUUACUUUAAUUGUGGAGGAAUCGCAAUCAGUAUGUGUUUGUCACAUAAGGUUGGGGAUGGAUACACAUUAGUCAACUUCAUGAACCAUUGGGCUACUAUAACGCGUAAUAAUCCAAUGAGUUCAGAAAUAUAUCCAAUAAGUCCUAAAUUUGAUGGAUCCUCUUAUUUUCCACCUACAAAAGAUGAGGACUCAUCAAACGUAUCCAAUAACAAUAUUGUGCCAGAAAGAGAAGAAUGUGUGUCCAAAAGUUUUUCUAUCUCAUCAUCCAAAUUAACCGCGCUGAAAACUAGGGUUAUUAAUCAAUCACAAGUAGAGAAUCCGACUGAUACAGAAGUUGUAUCAGCAUUCAUUUACCAACGCGCAAUAGCUACAAAAAAAGUUGUGAUUUCAUCAGGAUCCUCGAUAUGUCCAUCUAUACUUCAUCAGGCUGUAAGCUUACGGCCACCAUUGCCCAAAAACACAAUGGGAAACAAUUUUUCUCUAUUUUCUAUACUAACAAAAGAAGAGAAAGAAAUGGAUUUAGCACAAGUUGUUAGUAAACUAAGAAAGGAGAAAAAAGAAGUUAAACAAAAAUACAAACAUGCUAAAAUAGAAGAACUUCUCCCUAUAACACUUGAACAAUAUAGAAAAGCAAAUGAUUUGUUAGUCAACAAUUCAUGUUAUGAUCUUUAUAGAUUUAGUAGCCUCAUCAAGUUCCCAUUAUAUGAUGUAGACUUUGGAUGGGGAAAGCCUAAAGAAGUUAUUUCACCAAAUUCAACAAGUAAUGCACCAAUUAAAAACAUAUUUUUUUUGAUGGAUAGUAAAAAUAGGGAUGGAGUGGAUGUAAUAUGUAGCAUGAAGGAACAAGACAUGUUAGCAUUUGAGAGGGAUGAAGAGCUCCUACAAUUUGCUUCUCCAAGUAGCUAA